AUGCAAACUGCAGCUUUGAUGAAUGCAAUAUCUGCCCUGACUUUUGCACUAGCUCCAGCAGCUCUGUCUAAGGAUGAUGGGAAGAAAAAGAAGCUGAAAAUUGACAUUCCAUCUUAUGACAACCUGGUUCUAAACAGCUAUGACCUCAGCCUGGACAAUUAUGAGGAAAUAAUUGAUCUUAAUAAUUAUGAGGAUAUUUAUGAUUAUGGGGACUUGGCACCAAAGAUUGAAGUUGGCACUUUAGCACCUCCCACCAAGAAUUUUCUACAACCCCUGAGCACAGCAGCUGUGCCAGCUGAAGCUCCACAAAGCAAGCCAUCAAGCUCCACAGCAUCCAGGACUAAGGGGCCAGAUCUCUUUGGGCCCAUAACAAAUCAGGGUCUUCCCACCUGCUUGAUCUGUGUGUGUAUCAGAACCUCUGUGUACUGUGAUGAUGCUGCUCUAGAAAACAUCCCUCCUCUGCCCUUCGAGACCACAUACUUCUAUGCCCGCUUCAAUCGUAUCAACCGGAUUCAAGCCAAGGACUUCAUUGGACUCACUAAACUGAAACGAAUUGACUUGACAAACAGCUUUAUUUCCUGGGUGGAUGAUGACUCUUUCCGGCUCCUGCCCUCUUUGCAAGAACUUUUCCUCCCUGAAAACAAGUUGACUUCCCUGCCUGAGUUGCCCACUAGCAUUGUACAGCUGGAUGCCCGAAUUAAUAUGAUCCAGAAUACAGGUAUCCGACCUGAAGCCUUCCAGGAUCUAAAGAAGCUGCAGUUUCUUUAUCUAGCUGGUAACAAACUGGACUAUAUCCCAGCGCCCCUGCCUGAGGGACUGCGGUCUCUGCAUCUACAGAACAACAACAUCCAGAUCAUGCACGAAGAUACAUUUUGCAAUAGCAGAGAUCAUGGUUACAUCCGUCAGGCCCUUGAGGAUAUACGCUUGGACGGCAACCCCAUCAACUUAAGCCUUUUCCCCAAUGCCUAUUUCUGUCUGCCUCGUCUGCCCAUAGGCCAUUUCUACUGA